GAUUUAUUCUAGUCUAGACCUCUAUGGGGAAAAAAAAAGGGGGCACUCAAAUCUCAGGCACAUUUGUUUCUCUAAUCACAUGAUGAUGAAUGGCAGUCAUGUGCUCGAUGUAAACAAAGCCACAGUGCGUAGAUCUGAAAUCUAUAUACCAGUCUGAUAAAUAAUAUUAAUGGUGUUUUACCACGGCAAUUUCCUUCUAGAGUCUAGAUCUACUGUGUGUUUUAUUUUCGUUUAACAUUCGCAUUUGGAGAAGAAGGCCACACUGUGACUAAAGUUUAUAUGUAAUUGCUAGAAAUCUUGUACAAACUCUUCCAAAUAAUGAAGCCCAUAAUCUUUAUCUAAGCCAAUCUAAGAACUAUAGAGCAGUAGGCUGUAGUUAAUUUAAUUAUAACAAUGUUUGUGGAUAUAAAUGUCUUAUUCAAACAUGGAGCUCCUGUUUACAAGGGACUUAAUAUCAGAAAAACUGUCCCACCAAAAUUGGAUAAGUCCAAGAUUAGACUUGUCAUAUAUGCAGAUUCUGAAAGGGGAAGAAUUCCUUACUUUGACUCUGAUGCAAUUACACUAGUGGAUGAAAACACUACAAAGCAAAAUGUUAUCAAGUCUGCACCAAAAACUGUGCGUGCCAAAGGACUUAAUUAUUGUGGACAAAAAGAUGCUCUUGUACCACAGCAAAAACAGCCACCAAAAUAUCAUUUUAGCAGGCUGGGAAGUGAUGUUAAAGUCUUGGAGGAGAUGAUGUUUGGCACAGCUGCUAUGGCUUUCAAAGGUUCCACUCUGAAGGUACAUCUGCUGAGAUGUCCUCCAAAGCUGAUGAUUUCAAAAGUAUUUAUACCUGAAAAACCUUGUAGAGAUAGUUUUGGAGAUGUUGAAUCAGAAAGUAGCAGUUUACCUGGAUCAUCAGCUGAUCAUUCAUCAGAAGAGUUUUUUUACAGCAUUAAUCCCAAAGAAAAACACAGUAAAUAUGGCACCAAAUCCUUAAAUUUGUCAAAAAGCAUUCCAGUUGAUGUUCCUACCAAAGAUAUUUCAGACAACAGCACAGAUGAUGAUAGCGGCCGGGCAUCAUUUACAUCCAGUGGAAGCAUGAGAGCAUCUUUUCCAUCACCAGGAAACAACAGUAUUAGUAGUUAUAAUAGUCUUCAUCGGCGUUGGAUGAGGGCACAGACAACCAUGCUAGAUAGUUUCCAUAGAAAGCAAAUCCAAGAAGCCAAUAAUUUUGUAGAGGGAUCUGUCAGACGGCCAAAUAAAUGUAAACUGGCUAUAGGAAUCUUAUUUGGCAGUUAUGAUGAGAAAGAUGAAGAAAAUCACAACUUGUUCCAGAGUUUUUUCUUUUCUCACUUUGCCUUGAUUGAGAGUCAUGUGGAAAAACUACGCUCCAUAGUGGAGAAAGCUUAUUUCAAUAAACGCAAUUUUUUGCCCUCAAUUGUUGAGGCUUUGGAUAAUUUUCGAGAUGCUUUGUAUGAUCUCUACAUGGCGCCUCGUCUGCAGGAGCCAGUAUGGCUGACCUUGAUGCCUUCUAAUACUUACAAAACAAAACUGUGUGAAAAAUUUAUGAAAGUAUUUGUCAACCUGGUGGUGAAAUAUGACAAUAAAAAUUGCAAGUUUUUUAUGAGCACACUUUUAUCAGCUGUCUUGACCCAACAUUUGGCCUGGGUAGCCACUGUUACUCCUGCUGACUGCAUCCCAUCUAACACUUAUCUAGACAAGCAUACUGCUAAAUGGGUUGAUACAUUAGCAAAAACUCAUCCUUAUAAUCCUUUGUGGGCUCAGUUAGGAGAUCUGUUUGGUGCCAUAGGCUUCCCACUCAAAAUUUCUAGAACUGUUGUGGUCGGUAAAAAAGCGGAUGUUGUUAAGGACUUCCUUUACAUUUUGAGUUACUUCAUUCGUUGUAGUGAGAUUCAUGAAAAUUCUGAUCCGCAGUGCUUGGCCAAAAUUGUGAACGAUAAUUAUUUUGAUGCAUCGUUGUCACCCACAGCUAGUGAAAAGACUCUGUAUUUGGAAGGUUCUCAUCUAGAUGGCAACAUUAGUCCAUCUUUUUGUAGACAGACCAGUGCAAAUAGCCUUGGUAAAAGUGCUGGUAGGCCAACAGGCAUGCUUAACGAUGUAAUUGUUGAACAUAGUGAAAGUGCUUUAGACCUUAUGAAUGAUAGUCCCACUCCCAAAAAACGUCCAGAAUGUGGUUUCUCUAAAGUUGAUUGGAGCUCGGAAGCUCAACAAGUGGAUCAAAUUCUGGAUUAUGAAAGUGAUUCUCUCCCUUCUACUCCACUGAUCAUAGAGCACAAACAUAGCAAAAGCGUAGACAUUUUCAAAGCUUAUUCAGUAAAGCAAAGUGCAAGUGAAAACCAGCAUAAAGCUCAAACUGUCUUGAAUAAUGAUUCAAACAGUUCUGAAUUGUAUCCAAUGGGUAUGAGUGAGCUUCAUAAUUAUCAUCCCAAUUCUAUGCCAGCCUGUAGCUUAGCAUCUGCCAAGCCUCUUGAAUCUCCAAAGCUAGAAAGAGUUGCCAAUGUUGCAGCAGCUGCUUCUCAAAGAAAAAUUGACUUUUUUGAUAACACAGGACAACACAUUAUAAGGUCAGAGUCUUUCUCUGAAGGAAAGGUCCGGUCUACUCUGGCCAAGAGGCUAGAAGGCACAGACCUUCAAAUGACAAAAAGUACAAUAGGAUCUGAUGAGCAUGCUGAUGAAGCCUGUGGAAAGAAAUCAGAUGCAGACUCUGAAAGCAGGAAAGAUGCAGUGGAGCAUUGUCCCAGGACUAACUUUUCAAGACAAGCUAGUACAGACCAGAAACCUCCCUCCGGUAGACCUACUUCUUUAGUAAGGUGCAGAUCCUCAACACCCACAGAGUUAAGUAGACGAAGGCAUUUGUCAUCCACUAGCAGUAUUGACUAUGAUGCUUUUGAUCCUAUGAUCCAUUGUAAAGAAAUCAAGUUACCUUUUGCACCAUCAGAUUCUGGUCAGUGGCACAUCAAAGCUUUUGAUCGUAAUUUUGGCCACUCCUUACUGGCUAGCUACACUGACCAUUACAUGUCAGAUUUUGUCCUUCAUGGAACAUCUGAUACAGAUUUUAUUGGGCGUUUACAAAAUGAUCUUCAAAUGACUGUGAAGCACUCAGUCUUAGAUGAACCUAUUGAUGAAGCUGUUUGUGUCAUUGCUAAUACAGAUACUUGGACUGUGGAAGUGGUGAGCAGUAAAAUGUUAAACACUUCCCCUUCUGCAUGUACAACCUGGACCUCUUCUCAACUUGUUGCAGAUAUGAUUGAAUCUGUUGUGGAGAUCUCUAAGCUCAAAAUGUCUUCUGAAUUUUGUCUUAUGCAUUUAGAGGAUCGUUUGCAAGAAAUUUAUUUUAAAAGUUUGAUGGUGUCUGAAUGUAUUCAUACCACAAGGUCAAUAAAUCAAAGAGAGCUAACCACAAUGUUGGGGUUUGAAACAAGUGAUCUGCCAUUAUUGUUAGCAGUUGCAAAGACACACACACCUGAAUUGAUAAUGAAAGUUCUAUAACUGACAAGAGCCUCAGCUAUAUAAGUCAACUUCUAUAACUCUGGCAAUCGGUUCUUAAUUUAUUGAACAGGCAUGUAAGCUGAACUUAGCUUUAUCAAAGUGCUUACAAAAACUUGUAAUGUAUCCAUUUGUGGUGGCCAGUAAUGUACAUGAAGCAACCUAAGUGUUUUAUGCUCUGAUGAUUUCCAAUUACAUUUCCAAAUGUAGUAAAUUAUUAUGCAGUGCAUCAGAUUAUGUUAGCAUGUGAUAAAAGGAAAACAAUUAAUUUCUUAGUUUUACGUUGAACACACCCUACCUCCUAAGUAUAGAUUUGAUUUUAUUUAAUUUGCAAUACUAGUCAUGAUCUUCCUUGUUCUAAUUUGACAGAAACUAACAAGUGUAAUGGUAAAGAUUUUGUUUUUACUUUUCCUGUAUUUUUGAAACAGUUCCUAAAAACUAGCACAGUUUGUGUUGACAUAAUCAGCACAAAUUCUAUAAUUAUUUUUCUAUUGACAAAACUAUUUGUGUUUGUAUAAUGCUUAAAUCACUGCAGCUCAAUUGCCUUCCAACUUAACUGCUGUUGUUAUGAUUAGUCCAUUCUGUUGAUCAAUUGCUGAUUCUCUGAUUCACACUGUUGUAAUUGUCUAUAUAAUAUGUUGUUACUACAAAUUAAGUUACAUUAUGUCAUUUUGUCAGUAAUAGUUUCACACCUGAAAGUGUUAAAUAAUGUCUGCACACUUCCAUUGUGAUGUGUUUUUUUUAUUCUAGCUAGUAUCAUCUUUCAUCUUAGUAAUACAAUUAUCUUAUUAUUUCUGAAAAGAUUAUUUAGGUAGAAUGAAUCAGAAUCUCAUACUUGUAUGUUCUGUGCCUUAACUUCCUCUAGUGUAGUGGCUGAAUAGACAAGUGUAUAGUGUGUGUAGAUCUUGGUGCCAAGCGAACUAUGAGUUAGCUAAGUAACCACUUCAAACUUUUCAGUUAUGAAACAUUGAAUUCUAAUGGGAGAUGUGCAAUUGCAAAGUUGUGGACUUGUUCAAUAUUAAUUUAAAGAAGUUUGUAAAUCAUGUACAUAUUUUAUGAAAAUAAAAUGUAUGAUUUUUGAA